CGUUUUUGUUAUGUAUACACGUCAUGAUAUAUGUAAUUUUGUGCACUAUACAGUGUAAAGAAUAAUGGUUGGUGUACUUUGGUGUCGUCUUUUAUGUGUUUCUUAUCCCUCUUUCGCUUUUUAUUUUUGUUUUCUGUAUUUGGCACAACGUAUGCCAUGUGAAUGUAUAGGUUCUUGCUGAUAAUUUUGUACCUUAAUUCCAUUGGUGAAUGUUCUAUUUGUGUCUGUUUUAACGAUAUUCGAAAUUUGAAGAUGGAUGCACAAAAUUCAGAGCAUGGGCGUAUUAUUGAGGUAUCCGUUGAUGCGCCAGCUACAGAGAAAAGUUUUGGUGGAAACAAGGUAUGCGGAGAGGCACCAUGUGGUUUUUCGGAUGCCAAAACUAGUUCCAGGGAUGCACAAGAGCGUUCAGCUUCCAUGAGGAAGCUUCUGAUUGCAGUUGUGUUGUGCAUUGUGUUCAUGAGUGCUGAAGUUGCUGGUGGUAUUAAAGCCAACAGCCUUGCAAUUUUGACAGAUGCAGCUCAUUUGCUAUCUGAUGUUGCAUCUUUUGCAAUAUCUUUGUUUUCUCUAUGGGCAGCAGGAUGGGAAGCUACCCCUCGUCAAUCCUAUGGAUUUUUCAGAAUAGAGAUAUUGGGGGCACUGGUUUCAAUUCAGUUGAUAUGGCUUCUUACUGGGAUACUUGUGUAUGAAGCCAUUGCUCGGCUCAUACAUGAUUCAGGUGAAGUUAAGGGUUUUCUGAUGUUUGUUGUUUCUGCUUUUGGGUUACUGGUAAAUAUUAUUAUGGCUCUCAUGUUGGGACAUGAUCACGGUCACGGUCACGGUCACGGUCAUGGUCAUGACCGCGGCCACGAUCAUGGUCAUCAUGAACAUGAGCACCAGGAUCAUGGCCAUGAGGAUGACCAUAUGCACACUCAUGAUGUGAGCAUUAUCAGCCAUCAUCACCAUCACGAGGGAGAAACCAAACACGAUGAGCAUCAUCAUUUCCAUGAUGAACACCUCAAAGAGCCUUUGAUUAAGAGCCCCUCGGAAAGUGAAAGUAAAUCAAAAGGUGGACAUAAACAGAAGAAGCAGCGGAAUAUUAAUGUUCAGGGUGCUUACCUUCAUGUUCUAGGAGAUUCCAUCCAAAGUAUAGGGGUUAUGCUUGGCGGCGCAAUUAUCUGGUAUAAACCAAAAUGGAAAAUCAUUGAUCUGAUUUGUACUCUCAUUUUUUCUGUAAUUGUGUUGGGCACUACCAUUAAGAUGCUACGCAACAUUCUUGAGGUUCUUAUGGAGAGCACUCCGAGAGAGAUUGAUGCAACGAGGCUUGAAAGGGGUCUUUGUGAGAUGGAGGAUGUCGUUGCAAUCCAUGAAUUGCAUAUAUGGGCUAUUACAGUGGGGAAAGUUUUAUUAGCUUGCCAUGUUAAAAUUCGUCCCGAAGCUGAUGCUGACAUGGUGCUGGACAAAGUCGUCAACUAUAUCAGGAGGGAAUAUAACAUCAGUCACGUGACAAUUCAGAUAGAAAGAGAAUAGAUCUGAUGAGUGAGGUAUCAAGCUACGUUAUGGAUGUUAGUAACUGUUUGGGUUGGAGACCCAUUUGAACUUGUGAAUUCUUUCUAUGGUUUUAUCAAACUAGAUUUUAUCUAAAUAUUGUUUGUCUUCAAUUAAGUUCCUUUUCUUUGAUUUA